UGGGUGGGACAGUCUAUGGCAAGCCUCCAAGAUAUUAGCAAUUUGCAAUGUGAAUGGAAGAGGUGCACAGAACCGCCUUUGCUGGAUCCAAGUAAUAAGAUGGAAGUCAAAGAUUGGAGAUACGAUGGUGUGCCUGUACAAGCAAAUGUGGUGACCAUUGGGUGCAAACGAAAUUGGAAAGAUGACAACGGUCAGGACAUAGACAUCCAGGCAUCUUGCCAAGUGGAAAACAGAUUUGACAUACCUGCAACUGUCAACAACACGAUGUGCCUCGAGACUCAAACCUGCCAAGGAUUACCGAAUAUUCCGUUCAAUGGCACAGCCAUCGUGACAUCGCACGGCCAAAAGUUCGGCCCGAUUUGCGAUGACCAAUCAGGGACGUCGAGGACCUUUGAGGGCUGCUCAUUCAUUCAAGCCAGCCAAUCCAAAGUGGAAAACGGGAGAGUGAAAUACACCUUCGAAAUAAUCAAUAGCUUGAACGGCUGGUUGAAGAUGAUUGUUCCCAUCAUGACAUUUUCAUCACCAACAACGGCAGUGCCUUCGCUCAGUGCCUCAACAGGAGAAAUCCUGCGAAUGGGAACAAACGAAAAUAUCAUCGCCAUAAAGCUACCAGUUGAUCUCAUCUCUAGUCAAAAAACGAAUGUGACAUUCGAGCUGGACUUUGACGAGGACACAUUUUAUUCGAUCUGCAUAGAGGACAUGACUUGCCCGACGUGCUCAAGCGAUGGAGAAUGUCAAAAACUUAGUGUUGAUGCAGAACAAGUAUUGACGAAUGGGAGCUUCUUUAACAAAAGUGCUGCAUAUAACGUGAAUAGCCAAAUCCAAUACCGAUGUGGAGUCGCCCAUGGGUUCGAUUUAACUCCCCCCGUUGAAACCCAAAAUCUCACGUGCGCCUGGGACGGCAAUUGGACCUCUCACGCUACACUUCCAGCUUGCAUAUGGACACAUUGCACGGACCCACCCACUGCUCCAGAAACUUUAGAAAUCAUCGAUUGGGAUGAGCAACCGAUCCCAUUUGGCCACAACAUCACUUACCAAUGCGCAAAAGGAAUGAGGUUUGCAGAGUCUCUGGACAUCACAGCGAAACAGGCCCAAUGCUUGCCAGGAAACAAUUGGAACGCAGUCACGGAUUGGUCGGGGAAGUGCAAAGAGACCCAAUAUUGUGUUUCUCCGCCUCCUGUUCCUUCAUUGGAUGCUUACCGCGUGAUUCGCGUUGGUGGUCUUUCCUUCAGGGAUCGAUGCCUGGGUAUGAACCAGACGUAUGUCAGAGUGCCAAGUGGUCCCAACAAUGGUGGAUCCAACUUUAGUGUGGAAGUUAGGCUCAACAAUCCGCCUCAAGAUCAGGGAACACAGGGAUUAAGAUAUGGAUUCAUGUUUCGAGUCAAGACUGGUCUUGGAAAUUCAGGGCACCUGGCCCUUUUGUUGGCCUUUUCUCAGCCUGUGGAUGUUGGGACGAACUUGGUUUUUAAGAAUGCUUUCAACGUGUCACGGACCAAUAGCUCAACCAUGAAGACAAUGACUGUUUCAAUGUCUCCGGAAGAAGACGCAAAGAUCGUUGAAUACGAAAUCUUUGUUGAUCCCAGCCAAUCGAUGCCGUGCUUAGAUUUUAUUCAAUAUGCGAAAUGUUCGCCUGCGAAUUGCCCAGCGAUUCAGGCUCAAUUGGAACAAAACAUCCAAGAUGAUUACAACAUGAGUCGGUAUGGCACUGAGUUGGAAUACCAUUGUGGAUUGGGGAAGAGCUUCCAGAUCGGGAAUCAACUCCUCGAGUCACAGACCACGAACUGUCAAUGGAAUGGCACCUGGAGCAACAGCGUGGAUCUCUCGCAAUGCAUACCGAGCGCUUGCGUCAAUCCUCCUUUGCCCGAGGGCAGUAUGAACCUUCAAUCCAGCUACGAGAAUGGAACCACCGUAGCUUUUGGAGACAAUGUCACCUACUCAUGCCUGGCCGACCAUUACUUUGAGACUGACUACGAUCUUCUUAGCCUUCAUGCCACCUGUUUAGACAAUGGAACAUGGUCCCCGCUCAAUUGGAUCCAAUGCAUUCACCACCUGGACCGGUUUUGUCCCGAUCCACCGCAAGCACCAGAGGGCGGGGAAUCGGAUUGGAACAUUGCAUUAACCCACCAGCCUCCCUUUGGCACUCAGGUCACCUACAGUUGUUCCACGGCCAGACAGUUGGAAAAACACCUGCCCAACGGAACCGCCUCACUUUAUCCAUCCCAAGUGUUAAAAUGCCAAUGGAAUCAAACCUGGUCACCAAGUAACGAGGUUGACCCAUGUGUCUGGCACCAAUGCAUCAACCCCCCCAAUCCACCCACCGCCAACAGGCUCAAACACAAUUGGAACAAUGUCCCGUUGGAAUUUGGUCAAAAGGUCAUGUAUUCUUGUGCCUUGGAUGAGCUUCACUUUGAAGAGGACCAUGGUAAGGAGGGUGUCGAGGUCGAGUGUCUACCUGAUGGAUCCUUUGAUGUGCCCACAACCUGGCCUUAUUGCGUGGAAACCGUGUAUUGUGACGCACCUCCGGCCAAACCAAGGGGCGGUUCCAUGAUAUGGAACGGCAAGACGGCCUAUGAAACCAAAGUCGACUAUUCAUGUGGUCCAUUUGCCAAGUUUGUCAAUCGUGAUACCGGACAAAAAUACGAUUAUGCGAGCAUGGAGUGUUUAUGGAACAAGACUUGGAACAACCUGCUGAACGAUCGAUGCGUUUGGUCGCAUUGCAACUUGAUUCCGGAGCCACCCAUGGAGACCAAAUUGAAAUUUGUUCCCGAAACUGGAACCGACUUGCCCUUAUCCACGGAUCACGCCAAAUACAAUUGGAGCAUUCCGGGACAGGUGCAGAUUCCCUAUAGUUUCGGACGGAGCUCUUGGUUGUUAUUGGACGGAUCCAUUGACGAUAUCUUCGACAUUGACGACCAGCCCACUUUCGACGUUGGUGACCUGCCCACUAUCGAAUUGUUCGACGACGCCAACGCCCAAGUCAUCAAGCUCGUCAUUGAGCCUAGUUACAGCGUGCUUCAAGUGACCUCGCCCUUGACUCCGGCCAGGGAUUCGGAAUUUUCCGUGACGGUCGAUUUUGGAGAUCCAUUCAUGUUGCAAGUGGACUACCAACCGGCUCAAUUCAGAUUCGAAUUCCGUUUCAAUGGGGAGGUGGUGGGAACCUAUUCCAUGCCAGACGAUCAACCCGAUGUGGUGUUUUCAAAAAUGACGGUAACAGGGAAAUUGGAACUGGCCUUUGGUGGAUUCAUCAACAAAACGUCCAAGCACACUGUCCCCGUGAAUGCGAGUCUGACCUUCGCUUGUCCGGAAGGCCACGUGUUCUCGCACAAUUGGUACUUGAAACCCCAGGCCAAGAUUCGAUGCUUCGACGAUGGGCAAUUCAACCCGCCCAGCACUUGGCCCAUUUGCGUGGAACCGUUUACAUCGACAACAAAAACUAACGUGACAUUUGGUGAUGAACGUGAGUAUGCAUUUUUCUUCGGCCAACAUUUGAGGAUGAAAACUCCGUUCUGGUGACAAAUUUGCUCUCUUCGAUGAAAACUCUUGAUUCUCUUGACUUCAAAUAAUUCGAGGAACGUUAAUCGUUGUCAACUUAUAUUUUCAUCUUUUGGUAUCCAAAAUCUUCUCUUAAAAUUCAAAUUGCCCCAGGAAUGGUCGAAAUAGUUUCAAAUCUAAUAAAACUCGAAAGAAGACUAUUUUUCCGACCCCUAGUAACUGGCAUCAUGUUUUGAUCGCUUUUGGAUGUUUUGGUGCCGGUAGUUAUUUUUGUCGCAAGAAGUUUUUGUUUCGGAAGUUCCACCUACGCAUGUGGAUCCCAAAACAUCAGUGUAGGUCAUGUUCCGCUGAAAGACUUGAGAAAACAAGUGAUAGCCAAUUUCCAAUGGAGAGAGUCAAUUUAUCCCCAGGGUAUUGAGUUUCAUUUGGUGUGCCUAGUUGAAAAUUGUCCAAAUCGUAUUGGUCAUGCAUCAUGGAAACCAUUGAGAAAAAAGCCUUCGAUGUCUUGAUUUGAUUUUGAAAUACAUCAAGUUAACUAUUUAUGUCAUGGCCUUUUUCUUAGCAAAACCAUAUCUCUGGUUGAGUUCUUCGCUUCGGUUUCUUUCCAAUGACUAGGGAUGGGUGUAGAUUUUGGUCAAAUAAAACGCACCUGAAUGGCCAAAAUGUGGCAAUUGAUAAAAGUAAAAACGCCAGUGAAUAGAUAGUUUGAAGAACAAAAU